AUGGCAGCAGCGCUCGAAAACCAAAGCCUAGCAACCCUAUGCUCAGGACCAACAACACUCGCCAAAGCCAAAUCAAUCCUCAUCCUCGCCAAAGCCAAAACAGGCCCUGGCACCGGCUAUCUCGUCGCCCACCCAAACGCGCUUCCAGGCAUUUGCGCAUACCUCGCGUCAGAAGAACUAAACAAUAACGAAGUAUCACAAAAAGCAGCCGUCGCGAGUGCUUGUAUCAGCCAACGCGACUUUUCGAGGUCUUUGGACGUCGUGCGGCAGGCGCUCGGUCCCAGCAAAAGUCAGCACCAGACGCGGGGUCUGAACUACAGAUCGCUCAUUGGCACGUGGCGCGUGGCCCCAGCCAACGAAGCCCUGGAAUGGAUGCGCGAAGCAGAAAGCAGUGUCCCUAAGAUCGAUCUCCUCCGUACGCGCCAUCGCGCUAGUACAGUGACAUGUGCAAUAUUUUACUGGAUCUGCCAAAUCAUGGAGAUCCAGGGCGUACACGAAAAACCACUUUGUCAAGCCCAUAGCGUCCCGGUGACUGCGUUCAAGUCUGUCAUGAAAGCCCUCGACAAGGACUGGGAUUCCGAUGCGCUCGUUGACCGUGUCAAAUCUCACCUACAAGCAAUCGCUUCUUCAGGUCCAUCUUCGAAUCCCCGCACUCGCACUCGCCCUUCCGCCUCGCCACAAAAAUCACCCUCCAAAUCCGCCAUGAAAGCCAAAGCCCUACCGCAGGAUAUCACCCCAUCAAAACCCCUCGCGCUCAAGCGUGCCGUAGCCUUCUCCCACAGCACCAUCGACGAUAGCUUAUUACCUGAGACCCCAACUAAAAGACGUCGGGUCGAGUCGCCUUCUAAAUCUGGGGCACGCCCCAAACGCAUAACGACGCCGCAGGAAACAGGAUCCACAACUGCGUUUGAACUGGCUAUGAGGGGAGAUUCCAGUUCUACCCCGCGCCGCGAACACCCAAAGUCGGCGUUUGGCAUUUCUAUAACUGGAUCUGGCGGCUCGCAUUCCACAUUACCUUUUGCUGGCCCUUCUACCCCACGGCGCACGCGACCGCACACGUCUACUUCUAGACUAGGUGGAGAGCCUACUUCAAUGCCUACUCCAACGGCAGUGUCAAUGGAAGUCGACGAACAGCAAGCAGAGAUAGAGAUAGAGAAAGAGACGGAGCCUGCCCAGCCUCCUGUGCGCAACCGUUUCCGACCAGUGUUCCUGGACCAACAACAGUGGUGCAGUCGGGAUCCGAGACUUGCGAAGAUCUGGGAUGCUGCUGUUGAGCAUAGGGUGCAGAUGAUGGGGCUCUAUGUGCAUCCGUUUGAGCGGUGGAGGUGA